AUGUCUUCAACUCUUCUUAGUCGGAUCCAGCUGGAGCAUGGAUCCAUGUGGAUUAAUGAUGAUAUACGACCCCUCGAGCUGGGACGGCGCACGUGGGGUUUUAUGACCUUCCACAACUUCUGGCUCUUGAUCAACUGCAGUAUCGCAACGUACCUCACCGGCAGUGCCCUCAUCCCCCUAGGCCUCACAUGGUGGCAGGCCAUCAUCUGUAUUGUCAUCGGAAAUAUCAUCGCUACCGCUGCAUUGCUGGUCAGCUCAUUGGCCGGCGCAUACUAUAAUAUCGGGUUCUCUGUGUACAGCAGGACCGUCUGGGGUGUCUGGGGGUCCCAGUUUGUUAUCUGGAAUCGCGUGUUUCUUUCCCUUGUAUGGUCAGUACUACCAGUCUCGGAGUAUGGCUUUCAAGCAUGGGUAGGCGGUCAAUGUGUCUACUGCAUCCUCUUGUCUUGGGAUCCGACUCUUGAGCAACAUGUCCCGAACACCAUUCCAGCUGACACGGGGAUGACAUCGGCGCAGUUCGUCGCGUACGUGAUCUUCUCCGUGGCUUCCCUGCCGCUUUUAUGGAUUCAACCACACCGAAUACAGAAGCUAUUCAACGUUUCCAGUGUAGUAACCCUCGUCUUCUUUGUCGUGCUCUUGAUCUGGGCCCUAGCCACCAUGGGCCCAGAAGGAUUCGGCUCCACUCUUGGUUCCAACACGGAGCUUCCCUUGACGGGAGAACCUUACAGUGUUGUUUGGCUUAUGAUCUCUGGCAUCAUGACGACCAUAGGAUCCAUUGCAGCUGGUAUACUGAAUCAAAACGACUUUGCACGUUUAGCCAAACGUCCAGCUCAUGCGAUAUGGGGCCAGGCGCUCUCUUUCCCCAUAUACAGCAUCUUUGCUUCAGUUCUGGGCAUUCUGGUCACGGCCGCCACCCAGAAUCGACUGGGCGGCGAGGCAGUCUGGAAUCCACCGACUUUGAUUGCGAAACUGCUAGAGAUCAAUGGCAGCGCGGGUACGCGCGCCGCGGUUUUCUUCGCCGGUCUGGCUCUAACUAUCUCCCAAAUCGGUGCCAACAUCCCCGGCAACGCGCUGGCGGGUGGCAUCGACCUCGCGGCGCUCUUUCCACGGUACAUUAACGUGCGCCGGGGAGCAUAUAUCACCGCGCUCCUCAGUCCGAUUGUCAAUCCCUGGCGAUUAGUCAACACUGCAACGACUUUUCUUGUGGUCCUGUCCGGUUACAGCGUCUUUUUAGCCCCUAUGACCGGCAUGAUGGUGGCGAGCUACUUGUUGGUCAAUAAGCAGAAGCUCCUGACGGAAGACCUUUAUCGCGGCGACUCGGGUAGCAUUUACUGGUAUACCGCAGGUAUCAAUUGGCGUGCUCCUGUAUCAUGGAUCGUUGGCGUUGCUCCAUGCUUACCGGGGUUCAUCGCAGCCGUGGAGACGUCCGUAACCGUUCCUGACAGCGUCGCCGAGUUCUACAGCCUGAACUACGUCUACAGCUUUAUUUCCAGCGCAACCUGUUACACCCUUCUCCACCGAAUCUUUCCAGCCAAUGACGUUGAUGCGUUCGUGACGGGCACUCCCGACGCCAACGAGACAAUAUACCAACACCACAUGCGAUGGGACACAGCCUCUGAGAGUUCGGCCGCGGCCCAGCAUUUUGUAUCUCGUGAUGCUGAGAGUAUGAAACAGAGUUGCGGGGCUGUGGUUCAUUAG